AUGCGUGCGCUUGCUGUUGUCACGUCUGCUUUGCUGGCCAGCUAUGUCUCUGCACAGCAGGGAGCAGUCUGCUUCGACGACUUGGAUUGCUUGCUCUCAGGAGGACAAAAUGCCAAAUGUGUGAGGGCACAGGCUGGAGGUAUCACAGGAAACUGCGCUGGAGGCAAGGCCGCUGGCGCCGCCGGCGCCGCAGCGGGAGCGGGGGCUGGAGCUGCCCAGCCUGCUGGACAGCAAAACGCUGCCGCCGACCCUAUCGGCUCUUUAUUGGGAGGACUUACGGGCAAAAAGGCUACAGGAAAGGCUACUGGUGGGGCUGCAGCACCAGCAAAGGCGAAAACUGCUGGGAAGGCAAAGGCUCCCGCAGUAGGGGCUCGUCAAGCUGCUGCUGCACCCGCAGCCUCUGCGGCUCCCGCCGCCGACCCCAUUGGAGCUGUGCUCGGAACGGCAGCGGGCCUGCUGAAAGGCAAGGGCGGUCAACCGGCUGGUGCCGCUGCUCCAGCCGGAUCUCAAGCUGCUGAUCCAAUCGGGCAAGUCUUGGGAACUGCCGCCGGAGUCCUCAAGGGCAAAGGAGCUCCAGCAGCCGGAGCUGCCGCUCCCGCAGGACAGCAGGCAAACCCCCUUAACGCCGUACUUGGAGCUGCAGCAGGAGUGUUGAAAGGAAAAGGAGGCGCGCAGCCAGCUGCUGCAGCUCCCGCAGCCGGCGCCGCAGCUCCUCCACCAGCUGCAGCCCCAGCUGCACCCGCUCCAUCCAAGCCGGCAGCCGGAAAGCCCGCCCCUCCUCCUGCCGCGGCCCUUGCCAAGCCUCCGGCUGCGGGCAAACCGGCUCCGCCUCCUGCUGCUGCUCCCCCUGCAGCUCCUGCCGGCGGAAAGCCAAUUCCAGCUGCCCCGGCCGCGCCUGCUGCGCCUGCGGGCAAACUUGUCCGCCGCGUUAAUUUUUAG